AUGAGAUAAUUUCUGAAUUUCACAAUAUUUUUUUUAACACUACUGAGCAAUUAUGUCUAUAAAACAUAUUAUUUUAGUGGAUAUGAUGUUGAUGUUAAUGGAAUCACUUUUUAUGGAGGGAAUUAGUACAUUGAUUAUAAUAAUAAUGAUUAAUUAACAGACUGCCCAUCGUCAUGUACAUCAUGUUCUAACAGCGACUAUUGCUUAACAUGCACUUAUGGAUAUUUCUUAUACACUCCUAUGGAUAAUAAUCAUCAAUUAUGUUUAAAAUGUCCUCAUUUCCAUCUUUCAGAAAUUUCAUAAACAGUUGGCUGCGCUGAUUGCGUUUCUAACCCUCUUACAUGGUCAAGUAAAAUGAUUUGUACUUACAUCUUUCAAGCAAUAGAUUUAGGAGAUCCAUCUUUGAUACGAUACUAAAAAAUUUAAACUUUGGAUACUAAGUCAUUAUUCUAUGUUUACAGAGAUAAUUAAGAUAGAUUGGCGAUCAGGGAUUGUCCUGGUUGCGAUUCUUGGUGUGGAGAUUAACUUAAUGCUAAAGGUUGUUAAACUACUAAUUUAAGUUUUUAGGUGCCUGUAUUUUAGUAGGGAAUAAUUUGUAAAAAAGGCUACUACUUUUCUCAAAAUGGUUGUUCGAAAUGUAUAGAUAAUUGUGAUAUAUGUUCUGAUAGCUCUAAGUGUUUAGUCUGUAGCUCAGGAUAUUCGAUAGGAUUGGGUAGAAUUUGUGUUUCUUGCUCUUCUGUUAUAGUUAAUUGUCUAAAUUGCUAUUUAGGUAAUAGCAAUACUAAUUUUAUUCAGGAUCAGACAACAUUAGAUGACUAUACCUAAGAUAUGUUAGAUUAGCAGGGUUUUUUGUGGAGAUGCGCUUCAUGCAAUUAAAAGAAUAUUUUUUAUAUCCCUUCAUUGGAUCAAACAACUUGUGAAAGCUGUGAUUUGAAUAAUUGCAGAGCCUGUAGGUAUGCCACUGUAAUUUAAGAUUAACUUAUAGAUCACACUAGUUCUCCAUAUGUAGUUGAUGCUUCUGCACAAGAUAGCUUUUAAAAAUAUUGUACUCUUUGUCAAGCAAGCUACUCUGUAAAGUAUGACGGAUAAUGCAGGUUCUGUUCUUCACAAUGCUCAAUUUGUUAUUAUGGUAGUCUUUCUGGAGAUAACAUCCUAUACACAUUAGAAAAUGAUUUCUUAUAUCUCACUUAAUAAUAGAAAAACGAAUUGGGUUUAUAGUGGAAAUGUUUUGGCUGCAUUUAUAACUCAAAUAAUGAUUCAACUAAAUUUCUUACAGGCUUUGAUGGAUAAUGUGUCUUAGAAAGUGAUUUUAAUACUUAAAAUGGAGUAAAUCUAAAUUUUGCAGUUAAAGAUCCUAAUUGUUUUAAAUGGAGACAAUUAACUAGUUCAACAAGCACCCAAUUUGAAUGUAUAGAAUGCAUAAAUGGAUAUGGAAUAAAUAUGGCGAAUCCGAGCCAAUAGAGAUUAUGUGAUUUAAGCGUUAGUUCUUUUAAUAAUCCUUCCCUUAGCAAGUGCUUAAGUUUUUAUUAUACUUUUUAAGGUUACAGCAGAUAAUUAAUUAGCUGUACAUCAUGUUAAUAAGGUUAUUCUCCUUUACCUUCUAAAGGUUGUGUAAACUGCUCUUCAGGCAAAAUUGCAAGCUCAGAACCUUCUGAUGCUCCAAAUGCUACAUGUAAUGAUUGCCAUCAUAUUUCAAGCAGUGGAUUAGAUUUUACUAUAGUUUUAAAGACAACAUAAUUCGUUUCCUAAGAUUAAGCUUUGGAGUAAGAAAAUUAAUAAAGCUUUCCUGUUAUUCCUUAAUGCAUAGAUUGUGCUAAUAAUUUAGUAGAUGGAAGAUGUCCAAAUCUUUGCUAAUCAUACUGCUUAAAUUCGUAGUGCAUACCAGAUGAAAGUGGUUAUUCUACUUGCUAAGCAUGUGUAAAUGUUUAAUUCUAGUAUGACGAUGUUGGUUUAUGGACCACAAGUGAAUCACUUUCACAAGAUUAGUCUAGCUGUCUUAUUUGUCCAAGAUACUGUGAUCUCUGUGUUGAAAGAACAAGUGAUGAAAUGAAAAGUAUGAAUCCUUAUUUUAAAUCAAUAGACCAAUUUUUUGGGUAAUUUUAGUAUAAAUGCUUAGUUUGCAAAUCAGUUGAAAACUCAUGCCUUUACCCUAACGGAAGUUUGGGUUUGGAUUGUAAUAAUUAAAGCGCAUCAACAAUUUUUUAUGAUGCAAGAGUAAAUUAGUGUUACCCUUGCUAAGGAUCUGAUUGUGCGAGAAAAAUAAAAAUAAGAUAAAUUAUAGAAUGCAGAUCUGGUUAAGCUGCUGGAAAAGAAAAUAUGAGCUAAUCUGAUUACUAUAAAACAGUUGAUGCUACUGGAGCAGAUUUUGGUGAUGAAGUUUUCCCUCUGAGUGUUAUUUUUAUAGAAAAAUGGAAUCCAACUCAGCAGUUGACAGUAGAUUUCUUCCCUUAUACUGAUAUUAGAGGUGAUAUUUAUUUUUAGUUAAACGCAAUAAAUGGAGAAGGAAUUUCAACAUUUGAGUAUGAAAUUCUAAUAAUUCCAGAGUAAAAUGUCUCUAUCAAUAUCCAAUCGAAUACUAAUGUGUAUGAAAAUGUUUGCAGAUUUCCAAAUGAAAUAACAUUCACUAAUUCACUAGCUAAAUAUGUUGCAAAUAUUAAUUCAAUGAAACUAAGUUUUAGCAUCUUAACAUCGGCAGGAGUUAAAUAAAAUGUUGAGCUUGCUUUUUUAUACACAAACGGCUUUACAUUCUCUGGUUGGAAUGAGUUUUAUUUCUCAUAUUUAACUUUUAUUCCUUUAUUGAACCUCAAAAAAGGAAUCUUACCAAAUGAUAUGCUCAUAAAAUUUUCAGAUAACUUAUUUAAUUCAAAGGUGACAUUUAACUAAAUUAAUUUUAUUCAUGGAGUCGAUUUAGAUACACAGUAAAAUACUUUUAAAAAAUUAAAAACAAACUGCUAUCCUGUCAUUGAGGUAGCUAAUAUGUAAGUGCUUCAAAUAAUUGAUCUAAAAUUAUAAAAUUUUUUCUAUCCGAGCACAUAUUCCUUAUUUAAUUUUGUGAAUACUACUUCAAGCUAAUCAUUUAAUAUGAUUGUAGACGGAAUGGAGAUAAAUAAUUGCAAAUUCUCAAAUACAAAUUUCAUUCAGCUUGUAGCUAGCACAGCAAGUAUUAAAAUAAGUAAUUUUAAAAUGACUCAAAACUUUUUCGAUCAAUCAGCAAUACUUUACUAGGCUUAAGGACACAAUUUUCCUGUAUCCUAGCAUACAAUAACCAUAUCUAGUACAGAUAUUACUUCUUAAACUUUGAAUUGUUUUAAAUUUAUUGAUGCUUACAAUAUGUUGACCACACAAGUUUAACAAUUUGCUUUUUAUGACUAAAUCUAAAUAUCAUGUAAUAAUGACAUACCUUCUCUAUUCACUUCUAAUAUUAUAAAUUGCGAUACUGUAUCAAUAAAGCAUAGUAAUAAACCAUUUAUCUUAAGAAUAGUAUAGUUUCCAGUAGCUAGUCCUUCGUAAAUCAGUCCCAUUAUCAUUUUAAACAAUUUCACUUUGGAAGGAUUAAUAUUAUCAAAUAUAUUUGGUUAGCUAAUUAACUUGGUAUAAUAUUAAUUUACAAAUAACUAUAGUUAAGAUCCAUAUAACUUGAAAAUAAAUUAAUUUACAGUCAAGGGAUUAUCUUGCAUUAACUAAUUUGAAUUUGGGCAAACAAAUCUAAUUUAUUUAAAGCAAAUUUCUAAAAUAUUAAUUAAGAAUCUUAACAUUAUAGAUACAAAAUAGGUUAAUGUAAUAUUUGCUGAUACAGUAUCGUACUUAGACAUACAAUAAGGUUCUUAUUAAAGGUCUGUUCAACCUAAAAAUUGGGAUUUUAAAAAUGGUUUUCUUUAAAAUCUUCCUAAUAGUGAUCUUAGUGAGUUGAAUGGAUAUUUUUUAUAAUCAACUACUCUUAUCAAUAGAGUUUUUAUUUAGGGAUUUACGUUUUCUUAUUUAUUCUUUCGUGAUACAAAUUUAGUUUAAAACACAUAAAUUGCUUCUAGUAAUAAUAAUUUGCCUAAGACUGAAUAUAAUGACGAUUAAAUAGAAAGUAUCUUAGUAAAUAAAGCAAAAAAUUUAGAUUAUGGUGAAUUAGCUAUACCUAGAAUAAUUAUCACAGAUUGCACAUUUGAAAAUCUUUUUUCAAUUACUGCUUCAUAAAAGUAAAUAUCACUAAUUAACAUAGAAGGAGACAAUUCUGUUAGAUUGAUAUUAGAUUAAGUUGUUUCAAAUUAAAUUUCAGCUGAAACUCUUUUAGAAUAACUGAUUAAAGAGUCUGCAUCAUUUGCUCUAGUUGAUUCUAUGGAUUCUUAUUUUCAUAUUUAUGGUUCCAAUUUUUCUAAUUUUAAAACAUCAGUUUGUCUUUAAAAUGGAUUCGUUGGAAGCCUGAAUAAGAUUUUCAUCUUGGAUUCACAUUUUACUUAAGCUAAUAUGCAAUAUUUAACAUUAGAUAAUAGCUUAAAAGGAGGAUAUUUUAAUAUUCAAGCUAAUUAUUUUAGCAUUAAGGAUAGUACAUUUUAGUAAGUAGUUGCUGAUACUGCAGGAGCUAUAUAUUAUAAAGGACUUACUUAUUCAUAAUUAAUAUGCGAUACAGUAACAUUUGAUUAAAUAUACACAUCUUUUUCACCUUUAGCUAAUGGUAAUGGUGGUGCAAUAUACUAUGACUCACAGUCAACUAUUUCAUCAUUAACCAUAACAGGAAGCACAUUUACUGAUGUAUAUGCUAAUUAUACUGGAGGUGCUCUAUAUUUGAUUUGUGGUAAAUCUCAAUGUGUAUAAAUGAUCUAACAGAAUACAUUUUCGAAUGUAUUUGCUAAUUAAGGCAGCAUAUUCUACAUUUAACAUAAAUUACCUGCUUAAAGCACUACAUUUUAGCUUAAUACAAUCACUUAAGAUAUGGAUAAACUAAAAAAUGUAUUGACUCAAUAUUACUAGUUUCAAGAUAUAGAUGCAAAGACUCUAUAAGACGAUCUUUAGCUAUUUUAUUUGAUGAUUAUGAUAGGAGGAGUUUUUAAUUUCUAAUCAAAUACAUUAUCAGGUAUUCAAACUGUUUAAGGGUUUAUUUAUGGUUAAUAGAUAGUGUUUAAAAGCAAUCAAAAUAAAAUUUCUUAAUCAAAUUUUUACUUCACUCCUUAUAUAUAUUUAGCAGGAUCUUAUUUUAAUUCUAAUACUUUUGAAUUCGAUGACAUAUCUUUUUGUAAUGACUGUGUAAAAGAUCCAGUAUUUUCAUUCUUAAACACUGCUUCAGCUUUUGAUUCUUUCAUUUUAAUAGAAAAUCCUACCUAAUAAACUUUUGUAACAGAUAUUAUUAUGAAUAAAGUAAUAUGCGGUGUAUGUAGCUAAGGCUUAUUAGGGUUUACAAAAGUUUCAAACUAAAUUACUCUUCAAAAAGGAGAUAUCUAAAAUUGCGAAUCAAACUAGGGAAUAAUUUAUAUUAAAGCAGCUGUGUCAAAUAAAAGAAACCUUUAAACAGCUUAACAAAUUUCAACAAUUGAUGGUUAUAAAUUUUAAAAUAACUUAGCUAUGUAUGGUACUGCAAUCUAUUCUUCAAAUUGCAGCUUGAUUGUUUAAAACUCAUAAAUAACUUCUAAUUAAGCUACAGAUACAGCAGGUGGCUUAUAUUUCUAUUCAGCUGAAAAUAUUUAAAACACUUUGAAAUUAAUUAAUACUCAAAUAACUCAAAAUAGUGCAAAGUAUGCAGGAGGCAUCAAGUGCAUUGGAACUUUUGCUUAGCUAUUGUAGGGUUCAACAGUUGAAAUGAAUACAGCUACUUAUGGUAAAGAUAUUGUUGCAUAUCCUGUGGGUUUGAUAUUAUCUGUAAAUGGAACAGAACAUUAGCCAGAUUAAGAUGGUAUUGUUAGAAUCAGUAAUUGGGCAUCAGGAACUUCGGAUUACUAAGAUAUGGGCUUUUACUUUAUUAGUUCUGACAAUAAAAAGUAAAUAUUGCAAGCUGACUAAACUUCUUCACUUACAGUUUCUUUAAACUAUGGCUCUAGUAGCGUGCCUUCAACUGCAAAAAUAUUAGGUACUUAAACAGCAAAAUAUGAUUAAAUAUAUAAUGGGUUUGUUUUAGAUAAAAUAAUUUUAUAACAAUAUCCUCUUUAGUAACUGUUAAUAAAAGCUAGCUCUCCUACAGUUUAGAUACCUGUUUUUGACAGUGAUGGAACUCUCAUUUCUGUUAAGAACGAUUAUAUUCUAUAAAUGAUAAUCUAAAUGAGAAAGUGUACUGUUGGUGAAGCUUAUAUUGAAAUCACAGGAAAUUGUUUUUAUUGCAGUAAAGGCACAUACAGUCUUCUUACAGAAUCAAAAUAAUGCCUAAAUUGCCCAAAAUAUGGAGUUGAAAAUUGUCCUGGAGGAAAUUAAAUGAACCUUACUGAUGGAUAUUGGAGACCAGAUGAGACUUCUGAUCUCAUUGAGUCAUGUUUUAAUUAUGAAUCAAAUUGCUUAGGUGGAUUAAAAACAGGAGAUUCAAGUUGUGCAGAAGGUCAUAUAGGUGCUCUUUGUGAAGUUUGUGAUAUAACUGGAAGAGAGUGGGGAGAAAGUUACUCAUUUAGUUCUAAUUUUAAAUGUGGUAAAUGCUCCGAAGUUGUAGGAAAUACGUUUAAAAUGAUUGGUUUAAGUAUUUACACUUUUCUUGCAAUUAUUUUCUCUGUAAGAAGUACAAAAGCUCUUUUGGAUUCAUAUAUAAUUACAUUUUACUUGUAAAAAAUUAAUUUUUUGCCAAAAAAGGCAGUUUAAAAUUAAGAAUCUGUUGGUAUUAUAAUUAAGAUUUUUACAACCUACAUUCAACUUCUACUAGUUAUUUAGACAUUUAAAUUACAAUUACCUCCAGGUUUGAGGGAUAUCUCUGCUAGUAUUGGAGAUCCUGUUUAGUAAAUGAGUUUUAGUAUGGACUGUGCCUUAUAUUAAAUGCAAAAAAAGAUACCUAUUACAUAUUUCAGAUUAUUAUGGGCUUAAUUUAUGCCUAUAAUUUACGUCAGCCUUUAUUUAUUAGGGCAUUACAUAUACAUCAAUAUAAAAAGAUUUAGAUUUCAUAAUGUAACUGCAUGGAUAUCUAUAAUAUACAUGUUUAUUUCUAUGCAGCCAUCUAUUGUUAGAACUCACAUUUAAACUUCUUCUUGCAGAUUUAUAUCUGGAGAAAAUUAUAUUAAAGCUGACGUCUCUCAAAUAUGCUAUACAAAUACUCAUAUAGGAUGGAUGGUUUUUUACAUUUUACCAACUCUUUUGGUUUGGAUUGUAUUAAUACCUUUGUUUUUCUUAUACAACAUGCAUAAAGGAAAGAAAGAUUUGAAUAAAAUAAGAAUGCAAUAUAGAUUUGGAUUUUUAUAUUCUGAAUAUAAAUAAACUUCUUACUUUUGGGAAAUAGUAAAAAUCUAUCAGAAAACUCUAGUCACUAUUUUCAUAAAUAUAUUUGAUUAGUAUAUUUCCAUAAAAGGAAUUUUGGUAAUCUUCAUAUUGAUUUUGUACAUAUAUCUGCAAAAGAAGAACUCUCCUUAUCUCGAAAAGAGAUUUAAUAAUUUGGAUAUUUAGUCUAACUUAACUGUAAUUGUAUCAAUAAUUCUAGCAAUUUUCAUACUUGACAAUCCUUUUGCUUAUUAAAUUUGGUUAGCCUAUACAGCUUUAAUCUUAUUAAAUGUUUAUUUUAUAAUUAUAAUGCUUGGAAUAUUAAUUAGCGGACUUACAUCUAAGUUUGAAUCAAAGCUUUAUGAGAUCUACCUGAAGAUUUCUAAAAAAUUUCCUAGUCUAUCUAAACUUCUUAGACUACCAAGAAUACCUAAAGAAAGAAUAAAGUAUCUAUGGGGAUGUAUAAGAAUGAGUGUUAUCAAACAUAAACAAAAUGAAAACUAACAAGAAAAAUAAAUUGCUAAAAAAGCUAGUAUCGAGGUUUAAUCUUUAUCAGAAGAAAAUAGAAAUGAUCAAGUUGUUGAUACACCAGAUAAUUAGAAUUAUGAAUAAAAUAAAUUGAUUAUUGUUUCUUCAUAAAGAAUCGGCCUUCACAAUAAGAACCCUUCUGCAAGAGUCAUACCAGUAUCUUCUUCUAAUUAAAAUUAAAAUAUUAAUUACUCUCCUGUUUCUUUACUCAAUUUACAAAAUAUGAAGACAGAAUAAGAAAUGCAUAAUACAAUUUUUUAGAGUUCAAUCUUUAAAGCAGAAUUUAAUUAAAUUUCACAAAAAACAAUAAAUAUUCAAAACUAAAAUAGCUAAUCUUGA